AUGUCUGAUACUGAAAAAAACACUGUGGAGGAUCGCGACAAGAAGAGAUCUCUGCCGACGGAUGAUUCAGAUGAUCACGACUCCGACUCGGAGGAUCGUCGCCACAAGCGCGCCGCCGUGAACGACUCCAACUCUUCUUCUCCUCAGCGUCCCCAGCACCGUCGCCGCAACUCUGAUGAUGCUUCCAGGAAGGAUGGUGCAGAGGGUGACAUCCCUCCUACCACCGCCUUGAGGUCCAUUGUGUCGACCAAGGAUGCAGGUGUAAUCAUUGGCAAGUCCGGCAAGAACGUGAGCGAGAUUCGCGAGCAGUCUGGAGCUAAGGUUACCAUCUCAGAGAUGGUCCCUGGCGCCUAUGAGCGUAUCCUGACUGUCUCGGGUCCAUUGGAUACUGUCGCCAAGGCCUAUUCACUGGUGGCGCAAAAGAUAAUUGCGGAGCACAUUGAGCCCGAUGCCGCACCUGAGACUGAGUCGACCGCAAUCCGUCUCUUGGUCGCCCAUCACCGCAUGGGUUCUGUCAUUGGAAAGGGUGGCGCCAAGAUCAAGGAAAUCCAGGACGCCUCGGGGGCCCGUUUGGUCGCUUCGGAGGAAAUUUUGCCAGCAUCGACGGAGCGCACGAUCACGAUUACUGGAGUUCCCGAUGCGAUCCAUAUUGCGGUCUACCAUGUUGGUGUUGUUCUCCAGGAGCAUAGCGAGCGUGAUCGCACAGUGAAUGUCAUUCCUUACAGACCCAUGGGUCGCGGCGCAUACCCUGGUCCACCCGCAGGAGGCAUGGGUGGAUACCCUCCACACCACGGCUCGUCUUCGCACCAUCAUCACCAGCAACCUUACUAUGGAGGAUACCCCUCCCAUGGCGGUAUGGGUUACGGACAGGACUAUAUGCCCCCCUCGCGAGGCAGUGGCGGUCAUGGCAGCUAUGGUGGUCAUGGAGGAAGCGGUUCUGCUAGUAGUGUCGGUGGACCUGGCUCGGUUGCUCAGCAGAUCUUCAUCCCUAAUGAUAUGGUCGGCAGUGUCAUCGGCAAAGGCGGUUCUAAGAUUAAUGAGAUCCGUCAAAUGUCAGGAUCGCACAUCAAGAUUGCAGAGCCUCAGAACAAUGGAAACAACGAGCGCUUGGUCACUAUCACAGGAACACCGGAGUCGAACCAGAUGGCGAUCUACAUGCUCUACCAGCGCUUGGAAAGUGAGAAGGCGAGGCAGUAG